AUGAAUGUUGAAUAAGUUCUAUUCUCGAAACAACUAGUGGUAAUGGAUAUUAGGUGAGUGAGUGGUAAGAAAAGUUUUGGGAAGCUAUUAUAAAAUUUAUGAAAAAGGGAGAAUCAAAUUAACAUAAAAAGGAGCUCGAUUGAAUUUAUAUUUUAUUGAUUAAGAUACAUAAGAAGUUCUCGGCUUUGUAGAAUUACCUUGAUAAUCCAUAUUAAGCGAUAAAUAAACAUAGGAUAGUAAAAGGUAUUGAAUAUCAAUAUAUAUAUAUUAAAGGAUAAGCAAUAAGAUUAGUAUCUCCAAUAGGAGAUUAUUAAUUGGUUGGAUGUCUAUUUUGUGAUAGAAUAGAUGAUUUUGGUUUUGAUGAGAAUAUUCUCAGAUACAUUUAAAAUAGG